GCGAGCCGUGAAUUUAGAGGGUCUCUCUCCACCGGGGUGAUAAGUCAGCACGCUGCUACGAAGGAAAGGACGUCGCCUGAUAUUAGAAUAAAAAAAACAUAAAGACAGAAGAAAAUAACACUUCUCAUCGUCUAACCGCUGGAUACGUAAUUUACCCUGGGACUGGAUUGAUAUAAACCCAACUUUUUUAGUUUUUUCUUUUUAAUUUGCUUUAGAAGACACCAGAGCUCUUCGAAGACAAUGGGAUCCCAGUCAUCCAAGGGAGAGGUGGCCGCGGAGGCGAACGCCGCCGCCGCUGAUGCCGCAGCUGUCAAAACCAACGGACAGGAGAACGGCCACGUGAAAACCAACGGCGAUGUCUCCACAAAGCCUGACGGGGAUGCCGCCGCCACCAACGGCUCCGCUGAGGCAGCCAAGGAGCCCGAAGCCGGCGCCGGAGGCGACGCCAUCGAGCCCGCGCCCGCCGCCGAUGGCGAGGCCGCCAAGCCUCAGGGCGAGGGCGCCGCCAAGGAGACCCCCAAGAAGAAGAAGAAGAAGUUCUCCCUCAAGAAGUCCUUCAACAUCAAGCUGAACCUGAAGAAGAGCAAGAAGAGCGAGGCCGUGAAGGAGGAGGCCAGCGCCGCCGCUCCGGCCGCCACCUCCGAGGAGAAGCCGGCUGAAAACGGAGCCGCCGCUCCCGCCGAGGAGAAGAAGGAGGAGGUGAAGGAGGAGGCCCCCGCUGCAGCCGAGGCUCCGAAGGCGGAGGAGGGGGCGGCUAAGGAGGAGGCACCCAAGGAGGAGGCCAAGGAGGCGGCCCCCCCAGCCCCCGAGGCCACCAAACCAACAGAGGAGAGCAACUCGACCCCCGAUCCCUCUGAAAAGAAAGAGUGAUUGUACCUGGAGCUCGCGAUGAACUGGGUGAACUGUUUUUCAAGAGAGAGAGAGAAAAUUUAAGAGUAUAUAUAUAUAUAUAUUUAUAUAUAUGUGUAUAUGUAUACAUAUGUAUAUGGAUAUAUGUAUAUGUAAAUAUAUACACAUGUAUGUGAAAGACUCCUUCGACGUGCCACUUUUCGUCAUGAUAAACAAAGACGACAGACUAGAUUCACUAGAUCACCUCCCUGGUUACAGCUUCAACAUCUGGACGUGGACUGGGUUUUAGGCGGUGGGUUGGCCGCUGUGUGGAGAACUGGAUUUAGCCGGCCUGAGCGUGAGGCUGAGCCGCCGACGAAGGACGGGACUGAUGGACGGAGAGAGAGAGAGAGAGAGAGAGAUGGAUGGAUGGAUGGAGCCGAGGCGUCUUUUCCUCCGACGCCUUCCACACAGCUGGAAGAUGCCUCCCCGCUGGAGGGAACCAAGCUCGAUACGAUACUAGGACGGCACCACCACUUGAAAUGACUGUUAAAUAGAAGAAGAAUAGAAAAAAAAAAAAAGCAACGACAACAAAAAAAAACAACAACAACAUGAAAUCAGAUAAUUAAGAGACUCGUCAACUUUUUACAUUCCUAUAUUUUAACCCAAAUUUGAAGUAUUUUGUGGUGUAUUAUAGAGAACCAUCUUAAAGAUUCAGAGGAGCUAUGUCUCGUUUGUUUAAAAGAAAAGAAAAAUAGACCGUUUUUUGAUUUUUACCGUACUAUGGAAGGAAGGAAAGAAAGAAAAAAAAAAAAAAAGAACACUUACGCUUGCUAUGUUCACUGUUGCGGUUUGAUAUGAUGCAGAGUUGUUUAUCUGUCGUGUGUGAGCCUGAAUCUGCUUUGUCUCUGUAAAUACGUUGGACCGAUUUUCUGUUCUUUAUUUUGCUAAUGUUGACAGAUGUUACUGGUUUUAUUGUAAAGUUGAUAAUGGUAAAUAAAUGUUGGGUACCUGCCUG